AUGAAUUCGUCAAUAGAAUCCCUGCGUAGCGUCGAGCCAUGGACCUUGGAACAGGAUAGUCAGCUAUGCUCCAUCUUCGAAAAUCUUCUCCGACAUGUCCAGACGAGAAGCCAAGAUCUACAAGGUCGACUCGUCAACAUUAAUCAAAAUAUCAGCUCCCUCGACGCGACAGUUGAGUGCAUUAAUGGGAGGCUGGAUUUGUUGGCAAGUCGCCAAUUCGUUGAACACCGGAUCGUCGAAGAAAAUCUCACCCGUCCUUCCCCAAGCCCCGAAAUGUCUAGGCAUACGCCGGCCACCCCAUCCCAUGACGAUACGCGAAAUUCGCUUCGGGACGCCAUCCGGCACGGCGUCAAUUUUUUGGCGGCUUCCGGGCUAGGAAAUGAGGAGCUCCGCCAGCCCAAUCUGAUCGGAUCGGCCGAGUUCUACACCAGUGUUUUGCCAGAAAUGGCUGAGAAAGUGGUGGACAACCCGAUUCCACAAAUUCCACAACCAAUCGAUUGCGGAAUCCCUCCUCCUCCAGUCCCGCCUCAACAAAUUCCUCUCCAAAUUCCGGAGCCCGAGUUUUCAGAUCAAGAACCGAUAGCUUCAGCAGGAAUCUUGGCAACUACAGCUACAGUAAUCCAGCCAGCUCCACUGGCUGUUAUUCCGGUUGUUCCGGUCAUUCCAGCCAAACCGGUUCUACCAAAACCUACCGUAACCCCCGCGAGAAAAGGAGGCUUAUUCGAUUCGGACGAUUCAGAUGAAGAGGACAUAUUUGCACAGGCGAAGAAGCGAGUGGCAACAAAAAGCGAAUCUCCAUUCGAUAGUUCUCUAUCGAAAAAAUCGACCGUAUCCAGUAUUAGAUUUUUGGAGGAAGAGGCCGAACCAGAGGAAUUCCACCAAGAUAAGCCCUCUCAACCUGAAAAGCCAAAAAACGCUUUUGCUCCUUCAUUGGCGGAUGUGCUCAGUGCCACCUCAAGCCUUCGUAAUAAGUCCAUAGACGAUCAAAGUCCUACAAGGCGCCCGGUCACUCAGCCUCCUCCAAAACAACAAACGGAACAGCCGAAGAAGGAGCCUGAACAAUCGGCGGCCUCUGGGGGUCGUCUCCUUCCUGUCAAAGCGUAUAUUGGGACGAGUGAGAGGCCUGAGAAGAAAUCAACUCCAGCUCAAAUCACCCAUAAAAAGUCUCUCUUCGACGACUCGGACAGCGAUUCCGAACUUUAUAAGAAGCCAACAAAACCCGAGCCGAAGAAAGGGGACCAUCCAAAACAAGAACCACAAAACACUGCCCCGGAAACUACGCAACAAUCCAUCGUACAACCUACAGUAUCACCAGUGAAAGUCGAGGAAAAGAAGGAGCAAACGGUCGAAGAAUUGAAGGACUCGAUACGGACACUUUUGAAAGAAAACGAAGAGGCCGAUCGGGAAUUGAUUAGGGAUAUCAUUAGCCCGGAAAUAGCGAGGAAAGGGGAGAAGGAAGAGACAUCAGACAGUCCAAAGAGUCCACAAAAGUCCACAGUAUCCACCGAUACUGUAGAAAAUCAAGGAAAACCGGAAGUAAAGCCUGAUCCGGUUUCGGAAGCUAGUGCAGCUGAAACAGAGGGUAAAGCCGUUGAGCCGGAAGUUGAAUCAAGUCCGGAAUACACCUCUGAACACCCUCAAAAAUCUGAACCGGGAACUACCGUAAUUCCAGAGGUGCAAGACACCUUUAAAGUUUCACCUCCACCCUUUGAACCUCAAGAAUCAAACCCUGAACCUAUAGAACAAAAUCCUGCAGUACCCGAAAAAUCGGAAGAAUCCACCGUAGCUCCACCUCGCAUCGAAGAAAAGUUAGAAGAACCUUCGACUCGACCCGUUUUUGAGCCGGAACCCGAAGCCCCUCCCAUUUUUGAGCCUUCCGAAGCCCCGCCCCUUUUUACAGUACCGCUAGAUACUGUAGAAAGUACUGUAUCACCACCUCCAUUUGAAGAAGAACUCGAAAAACCUCCUGCUCCGCCCGUUUUUGAGCCAGAACCCGAAGCCCCGCCUCCUUUCCCCAAGUCUAGAUCCCCCCCUGCUACCGUAGCUAAACCGGUAGAAGCGGAUCUUGAAGUCCCACCACCAUUUUUGGGAAACCGAGAAGAAGAAGCUCUCGAAGCUCCGCCUCCUUUCCGAUUUGAGCCUGAAGAAAGAGAAGAGCUUCCAUUUGGGCCUCCCUCUUUUGCGCCAGCCGCUGAGGAGCCCGAUUUUCCACUUCCGAUCCCGUCAGAUCAUCUUCUCUACUCUCCACCGCCUUUUGAUAUCGAUCGAUUGAGUCGGAAAGAAGAAGAAAAGCAGGUCGAAUUCCCUGCUGAAAAAGACGAAAAAGAAGACCAGCCACUACCAACGACAACACUUGACGAUACAGAAGAGAUGAGUGGUGCACGAGGGAAGCUGAACAAUUCGGCUUUUGCCUCGAAGCUCAGUGCAGCGCUGGCUAUGCCACCUGGGGGCCCUCGCCCUCCCGGAGCCCCAUCCUCCUCCACCUCCUCCCCAGCCUCAUCCUCAUCAGCUGCCCCUCUUCGUCGUGCCGCCUCUGAACAACCACCACGAUCUCCAGAAUCGAGACUAUUUGAUGAGAAACCAUCCCUGCUCUCCUCAAUGGCAAAGGGGAGACCGAAGGGACCACCUAGGAGACCUCCAACUACACGAAAUCGACUGUCACAGGAUAUCAAUAGCUCUCGCCCCAUCUCUGUCACUUCAUCCAGAGCUUCUUCGACCGAUCAGAAAGAGGAAUCAGCACCGAUUUUCCGCCGAAAUCCGUCUCUUAUCCAGACUCGAGCCACGAAAUCCAUGGUUUUACCUAGUAGCCCGAUCAAAUCGGAUGAGGUGGUGAUCGAGAGGAAACUGUCGAACACCAGGAUAUCUGAAGGAGGAUCAGCUUCCGGGAGGAAGAGCUCGACCAGUUCUUCCCGCAGCUCGCUACAUGGGGGAGAUGAGGACAAAAAGGGUGUUACUGCUGUACAAAACAGUCCUCCGAUCGUUCGAAAAGGGUCGACCGGAAGUCGUAUUUCCAUAACAUCGCAAACGGUCAAAUCCCAGGAUACGAAAGAGCCAACCCAACCAAAAAAGAAAUCGCUCUUCGACUCGGAAAGCUCGGAUGAUGAUCUAUUCCGAGGAAAAGCUGCCUCAACCGCGAAAACCGCCCCGAAAAAAGCGUCUGUUAUCACCACCACGGUCACAAAAGAUAAUACGAAACCCCCGGCUGGGCCGAGCUCUACUUCUACUACUUCUCGCCCUCCCGCCCCAAAAACCACUUCCACCGCCCCGAAAAAGUCGCUUUUCGAUGACUCGGAUGAUGAUCUGGACCUUUUCCGAAAGAAGAAA